ACACGGUUAGGACUGGAAAUGAUGAAUUUGAUUUUCAGCGAUUGAGAGUUUGCGGCUUUACUUAACAUUAGUUGAUAAGAUGUUGUAAUUUGUUGUUGGUUUACCGGGUAAAUAAUUAACCUUUAACUUAAAGGUUAAGUUUAAUAUUAGAGUGUUGUUCAGCAGCAGUUUUGUCCAGUUGUCUAAAUUUUACUGUUAGUGUUAGAGCCAAAAAACUUUAUAUGAUUAUGACAUUACCGUAGAACUCAUGUUUUAUUACUUUACCGUCACGGAGUCAGACAAGGGAAGAGAUUGUGCUAACCCUGUUUAUGUAGGCUUACGCAUGUUGCAUACGCUUAAUCUUCGACGGUAAUUUCAAUAACUUGUAUAGCGUUUCGGAAAUUAGUAAGGAGCGGUGCAUAGCACAGUAAAUUUUGUGUAAAAUUUAAAUACAAAUAUCUUUUAUAAUUUACCGUGUACAAUUUAACAAACCCAUAAUGGCGACUUCAAAUUUAGUCAAUGGUACACCUGCAAAUGUCAGUAGCUGUCUUCCAGAAAUCGAACAGAUUAUUCGUAAGUUGGAGCAAGGUACUUCAUUGAUGAAAUUUUAUCCUAAGGGAAGACCAGAAAGAAGAAUGUUUUGUAUUAGACUUGAAACACGUGAGAUAAUAUGGACAAGGCCAAUAGGUGGAAGAAAUAUUGUUGAAGGAAGAGUUGAUUUAAGAGAACUAAAAGAGGUGAGAAUAGGAAAGUCAUCCAAAAUGUUUGAACGUUGGCCAGAAGAUGCUCGAAAAUAUGAUCAUAAUCAUUGUUUUGUUGUUUUAUAUGGAACUACGUUUCGUUUGAAGACAUUGUCUUGUGUGGCAAUGUCAAAUAAAGAUUGUGAUCAGUGGAUUCGAGGGCUUGCUCAUCUUGCACAGGACACAAUUAGAGCUUCCUACCCUCUCCAGGUUGAACGUUGGCUUCGCAAGGAGUUCUAUGGAAUGGAAAGUCAAAGAGGAGUUGUCACUUUGAAAGAUUUGAAGGGAUUCUUCCCCAAAGUCAAUUGUAAACUUUCUAACAACAAAUUAAAGGAACAUUUUCAGGAAGUAGAUGCUAGAAGAGGCGGGGAAAUCGGCUUUGAAGCCUUCGCAGCAUUGUAUCAUAAUGUGAUAUUUGAUGAAAAAGUUUUCAGUGAAAACUUGUCUAGCUUCUCUAGUGAUGGGAAAAAGAUUACCCUGCAUGAGUUUCAGGAGUUCUUAAGAAAUGAACAGAAGGAUCCAUUGGCAGAUGAUGAACAAGAAGUCAGCAAGUUCAUGAGAGAAUAUCUUCAAGAUCCUAUGAGGGAUGUCCAAGAACCAUAUUUUACUGUAGCUGAGUUCCUAGAUUUUUUAUUUUCCAAACAAAAUGAAAUAUGGGACAAGAAACAUGAUGAAGUUAACCAGGAUAUGAUGAGACCCUUGUCUCAUUACUGGAUAGCCUCAUCGCACAACACAUACCUCACGGGGGAUCAAGUGAAGAGUGAAUCAUCAAUGGAAGCUUAUGCCAGAUGCUUACAAAUGGGAUGUCGCUGUAUUGAAUUGGACUGCUGGGAUGGUCCAGAAGGAAUGCCUUAUAUUUAUCAUGGUCAUACACUUACUACCAAAAUUAAGUUUAUUGAUGUAGUCAAAACUAUUAAAGAACAUGCCUUUAUAGCUUCUGAUUAUCCAGUAAUUUUGUCGAUAGAAAACCACUGUACUCUACCUCAGCAAAGGAACAUGGCUAGUGCUUUUCAAGAAGUUUUCAGGGACAUGUUACUGACUCAACCAAUAGAAAGAGAUGAAUCAAAGAUGCCUUCACCAUUUCAUUUAAAAAGAAAAAUUAUUAUUAAGCACAAGAAGCUGCCAGAAGGAAGUGAUGAAAAAGUUGUAAUGACAGGAUCAGAAGAUACUGGAGCAGAAGCAGACAUAAGCAAUGCUGUUAAAAAUGGUAUCUUGUAUCUUCGGGACCCGCUGGAUCGGGAAUGGCGGCCACACUUCUUCAUGCUUACUCAGAACAAAAUGUACUACGCAGAGGAGCAACAAAUUCAAGAUGAUGAGGAGGAAGGUGAUGGAGAUAGACAGUUACAACAAAGGGAUAGUGUUCCUUGUGAUGAACUGCAUUUUAGUGAAAAGUGGUUCCAUGGAAAACUACCUGGUGGUCGUUCGCAAGCAGAAGAACUGUUACACCGCUACCAGCAUCUUGGAGAUGGUACUUUUCUAGUCCGAGAGAGUGAUACUUUUGUUGGGGAUUACUCUCUAUCCUUUUGGCGCCAGGGAAAAGUAAACCAUUGCAGGAUACGGUCCAGACAGGAGCGAGGCCAAACAAAAUACUACCUUAUAGACACAGUGGCAUUCGACACACUAUUUAGCCUGAUUACACAUUACCAGUCGCAUCCUCUUCGCAGCCCUGAGUUCUACAUGUGCCUAAAUGAACCCGUGCCACAGCCAAAUAAGCAUGAAGGCAAAGAGUGGUAUCAGCCCACUAUGACUAAAGCCCAAGCAGAAGACAUGCUGAAAAGAGUUCGAUAUGAAGGGGCAUUUCUUGUCCGACCUAGUGAGAAAGAGGAUAACUGUUUUGCGAUAUCCUUCAGAGCAGAAAACAAGAUUAAACAUUGUCGUGUCAAACAGGAAGGAAGGCUUUUUAUCAUUGGAACAACCCAGUUUGAAAGUUUAGUUGAACUGAUCAAUUUCUAUGAGAAACAUGCCUUAUAUAGGAGGGUAAAGCUUAAGUAUCCAGUUAAUGAGGAGGUGGUACAGAGGAUAGGGGCCGAUCCAGAAGAAUCAGCUGUCUAUGGACCAACGGGACUUUACAUGGAUCCAAACACUUUUACCUCCAAGAUCACAGUGAAAGCACUGUAUGACUACCGAGCCCAGCAAGAGGGGGAACUGUCUUUUUGCAAGCAUGCAAUCAUUACUAAUGUAGUGAAGCAGGAAGGAGGUUGGUGGCAGGGAGAUUAUGGAGGGAAAAAACAGCACUGGUUUCCAGCAAACUUUGUGCAGGAGUUAGAAACCCAGGAAAAUUCUGAUGAAAGUUCGGGUGAAGCCAUGCCAUUGGGGAACUUACAGAAAGGAAGUAUAGAUAUUGUGGGCUGUACAGUUGAUAUUUUACAGUCUCGAGGAAGGGAAUUUGUUUUCCGGAUAGUUUCUCCAUCCCAACUUUCAGCUGUAGCUUUUGAGAUGGCAGCUCCAACAGAGGAUGACAUGCAUGAUUGGGUGCAGAAGAUUCGAGAAACUGCACAAUCUGUGAAUGAUAUGAUACGACAACGUAGAGAAAUGGAAAGAACGUUGCGUAUAGCCAAAGAGUUGUCCAACCUCAUAAUUUAUUGUCGCUCUGUACAGUUUUGUCCGGAAAAUCGAUCCAUGCAGCUAAACCAGGGAAAGUUCCUUCAGAAUGGCAUGUGUGGCUAUGUGCUUCGUCCAGAAUUCAUGUUUGAUGAAUCAUACCAUCCAUGUGACAGGACAACAUUAAGAGGAGUAGAACCCAUCACAAUAACUCUUCAGAUUUUAGGUGCACGACAUUUACCAAAGUCUGGUAGGAGCAUAGCCAGUCCUUUCAUUGAGAUAGAGGUUGUAGGAGCUGACUAUGACAACAACAAGUAUAAAACUGCAACAAUUCAGGACAAUGGCUUUAACCCUAUUUGGAAUGAAACCGUUGUAACUGACAUCCACAACCCUGAUUUGGCUCUCUUAAGGUUUGUAGUACAGGAUGAGGAUAUGUUUGGAGACCCCAACUUCUUAGGGCAGGCCACUUUUCCUCUUCGCUGUCUAAGAAGAGGUUUUCGAAGUGUGCCUUUGAAGAAUGAUUUCAGUGAAGAUUUAGAGCUGGCUUCUCUGUUGAUUCACUUUAAUAUUCAAAAUGCGAGGGAGGAGGAAUCAAUUUACAUCUCCAUUCAGCAACUUCGAGAUAAAUCCAUAGAGCUAACCCAGAGAAUAGAGGAGUCUGAAAGACAAGGAGAUGACACUUCUGUACAGCUUUACCGGGCACAACUUACUGACACACAGCAGCAGCUGCUUAUAAAGAAUGAAGAGAGAAGGAUAAAAGCACAGUCAAGACAACCUUCACGGGAAUGAGCUACAUUAACUUGUGAUGCUGGUUGUUAUCUGGGACCUACUUACGGUUCAAGACCUGAGCCUUAUGUUGUUGUACAUAAGUAUCUACUUAGUUUACAAAAAACCAGUGUUAUUGUAGGUAAUGAACUUCUGGUUUUAUCUCUCUGACUUGUACAAUUAAAGAAGAGACAAAAUUAAAAGUCCAUUAGUACAGGACUAUUUUGAACAGAGAAAAAGGAAGGGGUCAGCAUGAUAAGAUAUUGUAUAGACUUAGUAGUUUAAACAAAUUGUUAAAUUGUAUUAGUUGAUUGAACUUUGAGCUACCAUAAAUACAUUUCUGUAGUGGCAGCUUUUGUGAUUAAUUUUUCUGUCAAAAGUAAGUAUGUAUUAGUUUCUUCAUAUUUUUAUGGUGAAACUGUGAAAUUGUCCUAGUUAUCGAGCUUUAAAUGUUUUGCCUUCUAUUAGAAUGGUAAAAUAUGGAAAUGGUGAGUGUUAGUUAAUCAAUUUCAUAUUUUAAAAAAAACAUAUCAUGUCUGCCAGUGACAUUUUAUGUCAAACUAUUUGCCUGUGAAUUAUUUGAUUUUCUGUAUUUGUGUGUUUCCCCACUUGGAAAUUUUGACAGACUGCUGAUCUCUGUCAAAUUUUAAAUAUGUUAGCAUAUGCUAAAUGUAACAUAUGUAAAAAAAAAAACAAAAAAAAUAACCAUGAAUUAUUUGAGAUCUCUAACAAACUAAAAGUUUUUCAAAGAUUCCUACAUCUAUCUUUUAUUGGAUCCUUUCAUUGUGUUACUUUUCAAGUGGAGAUCUCAUUCUAUUUUCUUAUGUAGGAAGAAUUAAUAAACAAUCAACUAUAAGUUAAGUCUUUAACGCUUCAUAAUUCAACAGUGUGUCAUAAUGAUUAUAAGUAACUGACAAAUUAAUUCUUAUGUGACCAAAUUUUCUCUUCUUACUACUACCUCUUACAUUAAUGAUUAAUUAAAACUUUAAAUUGUACAGUUUACUUGUGCAUCAUAAACUUAAAUGCAUUACAUUACACAGAGUUCAAAGGAUAAAAAGUUGUAAAACUUCACAGAUUCAGUUUCUACAAGGUUAUAUAUGUACCAAUGCAUUCUAUAGUUGAAAGGCUAUAAUUAUAAACCUUACAAAUUCAAUCUGUACUAAUACACAGCAAGGUUGAGAGGUUAUAAACUUCACACAUUCAGUAUCUAUCUACAUGAAAAGAUUCAAAGGCUAUAGUUAUAAUCACCACACAUUUAACUCAGUACCAAAAUACUUUUGUAACAAUAGGCUAUUAGUAUAAACUUUAUAUGGUCACUCAGUAUUUGUGUAGGCAUACAUUAUUAAUAUAGCCAAAGUACAAAAUUUGGAGUGUUUUGACAUAAUUAUAUGUACAAAAAUGGAGAAGAGUUGAAACGUGUUUUUUAUAUACCAGUAAUAUAGAUCUAAGAAUUAUAGGGUUUAGGCAUUUAUAUUCCAUAAACACAAACGUAAUAUAACCCAACAAGUUGCAAGGCUAGGUGGUUUAGUUGUUUAUGGCAUGAUUGGAGGGUUUAGUUCAUAUAAUUUUAGUCCAUCUCAGAAAAUCAAAAUAUGCAAGAAUAGAAUGUCCUGACACUUUUAUGAUUUCUUAAUUCAUAGAAAGAGUGAUUGUAUUAGGAUUCAAACAUUUUUGUAACACAAACUAUUAUCAGUAUAUAACUACAUAUUGCAGGGAUUUAGGGUUGCAAUAUUCAUGUGGCUUAAUUAAUACAUCAUCAUUAUACAUUAAUGAAUUGUAGGGUUGGUAGGUUUAGGCAUUCUUAUGAUUAUAAAUCAUCUGUUUUAUAUACAGAUUUUUGUGUGUUUGGAGGGUAGAUACUCAUAUGAUUACACCACAUGUACAGACCUGUAUGUGUUAGAGAGUUGAGGCAUACCAGUAGUUGGGGGAGAAUUGUGGUAAUUAUAUGACCAUAUACCAUCUGUAUACACCAGCAAUUUGCUAGGUUAGUAUGUUCAGACAUGAUUCUAUCACCAUCAUUGUACACUACUAAACUACAAGAUUAAAGGGCCUAGACAAGUGACUUUUAGACUCCAUCAGUAUAUCCACACAUUACUGAAAACAAAACUACUAGGUCAUGACAUUUUUAUACUUAGGUAAUACAAUCAUAUGUUGAAGUGAAACUGCAAAAUCUGUGAAAGUGGAUUAAUGUUCAGAUACCAUUUUCUUUCACUGGCAUGAAAAAUGUAGACAAUUUAUAAGUUAAAAUACUAAACAGCUGGCAGUUUAUUGAAAUUUUUGAUAGAAACAUCAAUCUUCACUUAAAAUGGGAUUGUUAUUUUCUGAAACUCCUACUGUGAUGCCAGAGAUUAUCUCUCCAUCUAGUCUUCAUACCUUCCAUAUUUUGUUUUGUGCAGGUUCUUAGCUUGUAUCAAAUCACUGUCAGAUAUUAAAAUCAUACACCACAUCUAAAUCUUGGUGUACAGACAUGCUAAUUGUUUUGCACAUAGUCAUCUAAUGCUUUGUUGCUCAGAUUAGGAAGCUGUGUGAAUGAAAUGGAUAAGAAUUAUUGUAUUAUAACAAUGUGAGUUUAAUUUUUAUAAACUACUGAGAAUUGAUAAAUCUCAUUGUAUGUGCACAUUUUUCGAUUAUCAGUUGUACUCGAAGAUUUAGGAUUAUGGAUAAAUUACAGACUGCUGAGAUUAAUAUAAAUGUGUUAGUUUGAAAAGGUCUACAACUGCAGACAUUAUAAUUAAACUUAAUUUUCUGCAAUGCCAUAACAUUAAUAACUAAUCAUUUUAAUUGAGUUUAGUUCAAUUUUGUUAUUAACUCAAACAUAAAACAGCAGUAAGCCAAUAACAAAAUAUUUUAAUUCAGGAAAGACAAUGAAAGAUAUUUACAUUAUAAUAGUAAAAAGAAAGCCAGCAUUGCAUGUUUUAAUUUAUACAAGAUAAUUACUGCAUUGUUAAAUGAAACUUAAUCUAGAAUUAGAAAAUCAGUAACUAAAUGUUUUAAUUGAGAAAAGUAAAAUAUAAUAACAUUGUUAUAUAAAAAUAUUGUAGCAACACUAUGCCAGUACCUGUUUUAUUUUAGAAGGUAAGGAAAAGUACAAACAUUGUUGAAGUCAAUGUAACUAAGGACCAUGAAAAAAAUAAACACAUCAUUAUUUAAUACUGUUAUCCCUAAAAACUGUUGCAAGACCAAUCUUCUACUCUUAGAAAUAUAUGUUAAAAUACAAUUUCUUGUUUAACCUAGAGUUGAUUAUUGUAUUAUUGAAUAUGUUAGUGAAAAUCUAGUUACAACAGUUUAUAGUCAGAGCUCUAAUUUUUCAAUGUCUCCAAAAUUUUAAUCAUGUUUCCAAACCUGAACCAUUGUAUCUAGUUUGAUUUGUUUUGUUACUAUCAAGAAAUAUGAUGUUUAUUUUUUCUAAGUUUCCUGGAUAUGCCAAUUUCAUUUCAGAAGAAAUAAAAAUGUAACUCUUUGUCAAGCUGAAA